ACCAUGAUGGAAAGCGUGCAGAAUGUCAUCAAUGCCAUUCAGAUGAUUUACAAUGUUUCACGGUGCUACAAUACCAGUGAAAGGAUAUCGUUACUGUUCAUCAAAGUCACAAACCAGAUGGUUACUGCGUGCAGAUCAUAUAUUUCUGACAAUGGCACAUGUCUAAUAUGGGACCAAGAUGCUGAUACCAUUGUCAAGAAAAUGCAGGACUGUAUCUGCUUAUAUCAGGAGUAUCAGUCUUGCUUCCAGAAAACAAAGACACAAACGAUGGAAAGACCUGGACAGAGGUCCUUUGAGGUUUCAGAGAUGCAGAUUUUUGGCAAGUUUGAGGCCUUCUGCAAGCAACUCGUAAAGAUUGAACAAAUAAUUAAAGUGUUCAAGAUCUUUGGAUCUCUUGGAAAAUCAAAUAUUGAGGGCAUUGAGAUUCUGGACAGACAAUUCCACACUCUAUCCAUGAAUCUGAAAAGGAAGCAGUAUGAUAUGUUGGCUCCAAGGACAGCUGAAUUCGAAACAGAUUUUUCUAAGUUUAUGGCUCAAAUCGGCGACCUUGAGAACAAGCUCCAGGCCUUUAUGAGUUCAUUUUUCUCAAAAAUCAUCUCAUCUCAGCAAGCUCUGUCCUUACUACAGCGUUUUCAGAGGCUGAACAUUCCCUGUCUUGACACCGAAAUUUCCAAAGUUUUGGGUCUAAUUCUUCAACAUUAUGCCUCAGAAGUAGAGUUUGUGAACAAGGUAUAUAACGAACAAAGGGAAAACCCCCCAUUAGCUAGAAACAUGCCUCCUAUUGCAGGAAGGAUUGGUUGGGUCAGGCACCUCUACCGCAAAAUAGAGGAACCCAUCUUAAUCAUAAAAAAGAACUCUGACAUGUUGAGCAGCCCCGAGGGACAAGAUGUGGUCAAAAUGUACAAUCGAACUGCAGCUGCGUUUGUCGAGUUUGAAUGUCUUUACCACAGAGCGUGGAUGACUGAAGUGUCAAAACUAGAAUAUGUCUUGAAUGUUACUCUGCUGGUUCGUCACCCAAAGACUGGAAAAUAUGUCGUCAACUUUGAUCCUAAAGUAACUGAGGUCAUUCGGGAGGCUAAGUGUUUCUCAAAGAUGGGUCUGGAGGUUCCAAAGCAGGCUAUGCGUCUGGUGAAGUUGGAAAGCAAAAUAAACGCUAAUCACCUCCGACUAAAGACCAUUUUGGCAGAUUAUGAGUCUACUUGUGAGGACAUUCCUGCAGACUUUGCUAGCCUGAUGGCCUCAAAAAUAAAAAAUGUGGAAUCUGCGCUUCGCCAAGGGGCGGUGCUGCUCACCUGGUCAUCCUUGCUCUUGGACAAGUAUUUCCAAAAUGUUGACACUGCUUUGUUUGAGCUCACACAUCUUGUAAAGAAGUUGCAGGAUAUCUGUAAGAUACACAUUGAUGAUGUCCUUAAAGACAUCUCAGAAACUGUGCUGACUGAGCUCCCCGAAAAUGAGACGUCUUCAGUGCAGCACCUGAUUGACUGCAAUGAGAAUCAAAGUAAGGAGUGGGCGAACACAUUGGACAACAAAUGUAGUCGUGUUAGAGAAGCCGUGCAGGAGCUGGCUUAUGUGUUCAGUGCCAUUUAUGAAUCAAAAGGCACCAAGAAGACAGUUGAGGAACCAGUUUCAGUACGGAGGACUGUGACUUUCUCAGGAGAGCGCCCGAAGACCCUUAAUGAGGAUGAGGGAAAGAAUUUAGAAGGUCCUUAUAAAGACAAAGCAAUUAGAUUUGAGAAGGAGUUUAAGAAGCUUUAUGAAUACUUCAGUGCAAGGGUAUUAGAUGCACUAGUCAAAGCAACCAAGCUAUCUCUGGAGACCCUGAAAAGGAGACUUUCUGGCACUAUCUCAACAUCAAUAAAUGGGAAUUUUAGUACCUACCAGAAGUCAAAGUCUGAAACUAAGAUGGUCUCGCUUAUAAAAGGUGAAAUCCAGCUGGUUAUACCCAAUGUGGUAAUCAUUCCCACUGAAGAUGAGGUCCAACAGGCCAUAAAUCGACUAAUAGACUUGGUGUUGGAAAUUAGCAAGGGCAUUUCAUGGCAGUGGGAGUACAGUCAAAAUGAAACAAAGACCAAAAGCGGAGAAAAAGAGAAUUUCUAUCACAAAGUUGUUGAACACAAGGACAUCAAAAAAGCUCUGGUCAUUCUUAAGUGUGAGGUCAGCUCCCAGAGAGGACAAGCAACUGAUGUCGUGAAGCAGUUUGAUCCUUUCAGAAUGAUCUGGGAUGGGGACAGGAACCUCAAAGUCAAGGAAUUCAUGGACAGCAAUCCAUCCUUGAUGCAGAUAGAAUCUGAAAUCGAGAUCUACGACUCAAUUGAACAAGAAGUUGGUGAUAUUAAACCAAUCAUUGUUUUGGGAUCUAGUGAAUUGUCAACAGAGCCAUUGAAGAAGGCCUUGAUAAUUGAGACGAAAGCCUGGAAGAAACUGUUGUGCAAGUACCUAAAGGAGAAGUACAAAAAGAAAAUGAUUGACACCAGUGUACAAACUAAUAGAUACCUCAUACAACUAUCUCAUCCUGUGGCUAAUUUGGAAGAUGUGCGUCGUGCCAUGGGGGCCCUCUCUAAGCUUCGGGAUGCUGAAAUAGAAACUGAUGUGACGUUGAUUUCCAUUGAGGAAGCGUUUGAAAUUUUGACUAAAUAUGAAGCAGAUGUGACUGAAAGAGAAACAGAGGGUGUCUCCAAUCUGAGGCAGUUCUUCACAAAGCUUCAGUCUAAAGCGAGAUCAGUGCAAGAGGAUCUUGUUUGUAUGCAGCCCACGUUCAAACAAAACCUUCUAGAGUGUGUGGUCAUUUUCCAAAAUGAUGUUGACACCUUUGUGGAACAAUAUGAUUCAGAAGGCCCAAUGGCUGAUGGAAUAGCUCCCCAGGAAGCCAGCCGCAGACUCCAGAUCUGUCAGGCUCAAUUUGAAGAUCUGUGGAGAAAUUUCACGACAUAUACCUCUGGGGAGCAGCUUCUUGGCUUGCCAGUUACAAAUUAUGACUGCCUGCAAAAGAAAAAAAAGGAGCUUGAUCUGCUACAGAAACUCUAUGGCCUAUAUGAUGCAGUGAUGAGUAAGAUUAAAGGCUACUUUGGCAUCCUGUGGACAGAUGUGGAUAUUGAGAGAAUCAAUGCAGAACUUUUGGAAUUUCAGAACAGGUGCCGAAAGCUCCCCAAAGGAUUGAAGGACUGGCAAGCCUUCCAAGACCUGAAGAAGACGAUUGAUGAUUUCAGUGAGUCGUGCCCUCUGCUUGAGAUGAUGUCAAGCAAGUCUAUGAUGAGGAGACACUGGGACCGAAUUACAGACCUGACUGGGCACCAAUUUGAAGACAUCUGCAUAUCAUCUGUGAAGGAGAAGGAUAUUGAGGCCAAGUUGUCUCAAGUGAAAGAAGUGUGGUCCAGCCAGAUCCUGAGCUUGAUGACAUUUAAGGAUAGAGGAGAACUGAUGCUGAAAGGGGCAGAUACAGUAGAGAUCCUCACCAUGCUGGAGGAUAGUAUGAUGGUGUUGGGGUCACUGCUGAGCAACAGGUACAGUGCUUUCUAUAAAGCAGAGAUCCAGGACUGGGUCACAAAGCUUUCAACAUCAACUGAUGUCAUUGAACAGUGGGUUAUUGUGCAAAACCUGUGGAUUUAUUUGGAGGCUGUGUUUGUUGGGGGUGACAUCGCCAAAGACCUACCACAGGAAGCAAAGCGUUUUCAGAACAUUGACAAGUCCUGGAUUACGAUCAUGCAGCGAGCCCAAAAAGUCCCAAAUGUGGUGGAAUGCUGUGUGGGUGAUCCAACUCUAGGACAGCUCCUACCAGAUCUUCAGAAACAGCUGGAGUUCUGUCAAAAAUCUCUUGCAGGGUACCUGGAGAAAAAGAGGCUCCUCUUUCCACGGUUCUUUUUUGUGUCGGAUCCGGCCCUUUUGGAAAUCCUUGGACAAGCCAGUGAUUCUCACACUAUUCAGUCACAUCUUCUUGGAGUGUUCGACAAUGUUAAUGAAGUGGAGUUUCAUGCAACGGAGUAUGACAAAAUGUUGGCUGUUAGUUCACAAGAGGGAGAGAAACUACCGCUGGACAGUCCUGUCAUGGCACAGGGACCAGUAGAGCUCUGGCUCGCGGAGCUGUUGUUACAACAGCAGGCUUCAUUACACUCUGUUAUCAAGGCUUCAGAUCUAGAGAUCCACGAUGAAGACUUUGAUCUUCUCUCUUUCCUCAACAAGUUUCAAGCACAGGUGGGCUUAUUGGGAAUCCAGAUGCUUUGGACAAGAGAUUCCGAAGAGGCACUGCAACAGGCUGAGGAUGACAGGGAGAUAAUGCCUCUUACCAAAAAGAAAUUCCUAAAUCUACUCAGCGCGCUUAUUAAACAAACCACCUGUGACCUGAGCAAAUUUGACAGAGUCAAAUAUGAGACACUUGUCACAAUCCAUGUGCACCAGAGUGAUAUAUUUAAUGACCUAGUAAAAAAGCGUAUAAAAUCUGUCAGUGACUUUGAAUGGCUGAAGCAGAGCAGGUUUUACUUCAAGGAGGACCUGGAUAAGGUCCUUGUGUCUAUUACUAAUGUGGACUUCAUUUAUCAGAAUGAGUUCCUAGGCUGUACCGACCGUCUGGUCAUCACCCCUCUAACUGACAGGUGUUAUAUCACGCUGUCCCAGGCUCUGGGCAUGAGUAUGGGAGGAGCCCCUGCAGGGCCAGCCGGCACUGGGAAGACUGAAACCACUAAAGACAUGGGUCGCUGCCUCGGCAAGUAUGUGGUGGUCUUCAACUGCUCGGACCAGAUGGACUUUAGAGGACUUGGCAGGAUAUACAAAGGCCUUGCACAGUCAGGGUCCUGGGGCUGCUUUGAUGAGUUCAACAGAAUCGACCUGCCAGUGCUUUCUGUUGCUGCUCAGCAGAUCAACAUUGUUCUGAUGGCACGCAAGAAACACAAAAGCAGUUUCAUCUUUACUGAUGGAGACUGUGUUACUCUGAAUUCAGAGUUUGGCCUGUUUAUCACUAUGAACCCUGGGUAUGCAGGUCGUCAGGAACUUCCUGAAAACCUAAAAGUGCAAUUCAGAACGGUGUCAAUGAUGGUACCAGACCGGCAGAUCAUCAUGAGAGUCAAACUAGCCAGUUGUGGGUUCAAUGACAAUGUCAUCUUAGCCCAGAAGUUCUUUGUCCUUUAUAAACUGUGUGAAGAACAACUUACAAAACAGGUCCACUAUGACUUUGGCCUGAGGAACAUCCUGUCUGUGUUAAGAACACUGGGGGCCAAUAAAAGAGCAAGGCCUGAUGACACAGAGUCCAGCAUUGUCAUGAGAGUGCUGCGUGACAUGAAUCUCUCUAAAUUGGUGGAUGAGGAUGAGCCCCUCUUCCUUAGCCUGAUCAAUGACCUAUUCCCUGGUAUCCAACUGGAUGGGAGCACGUAUGUUGAUCUUCAAGCCGCUGUUGCCCAUCAAGUUGAGCUUGCUGGCAUUGUCAACCACCCACCAUGGAACCUCAAGCUGGUUCAGCUUUAUGAGUCUUCACGAGUACGCCAUGGCCUGAUGACUUUGGGCCCAAGUGGAGCUGGGAAGACCACAGUCAUCAACAUACUCAUGCGAGCAUUGAGUGAAUGUGGAGCCCCAACCAGGGAAUUGCGCAUGAAUCCCAAAGCGAUCACAGCACCCCAAAUGUUUGGACGUCUUGACGCAGCCACCAGUGAUUGGACUGAUGGGAUCUUUUCCACUCUGUGGAGAAGGACACUUAAAGCCAAGAAAGGGGAGUUCAUAUGGAUUGUGCUGGAUGGACCUGUGGACGCCAUAUGGAUUGAGAACCUCAACUCUGUGUUGGAUGAUAACAAAACACUGACCCUGGCUAAUGGUGACCGCAUCACUAUGUCUCCAUCCUGCAAGCUGGUGUUUGAGGUGCACAACAUGGAUAAUGCUUCCCCCGCUACUGUGUCCAGGGUGGGUAUGGUCUUCAUGAGCUCCUCAGCUCUUAGCUGGCAAGCCAUUCUCAAGGGAUGGGCUAACAAACGCAAAGCAAAAGAGGCAGAAAGCAUUAUGAACUUAUACAACAAGAUAUUUGAAGACGCUUACUUAAAUAUGAAGCAAACGCUUAAACCCAAAAUGGAGCUUUUGGAAUGCAACUACAUAAUGCAGUCUGUGAAUCUGCUGGAGGGCCUCAUCCCAACCAAGGAGACAGGGUGCUUGGCUGGAAGCAAACACUUGGAACGCCUCUUUGUCUUCUGCCUGAUGUGGAGCCUGGGAGCCAUUUUGGAGUUAGGGGAUAGAGAAAAACUGGAGCAUUUCAUCAGAGCUCAUGGCAGUGGCAUUGAUGUGCCUCAAACACAGCCAGGAGAGACUAUGUUUGAAUACAUGGUCGACCUAAACGGUGAAUGGUGUCAUUGGAAUAACCAUGUAGGGGAGUUUGUGUAUCCUACUGAUCACGUACCAGACUACGCCUCCAUUCUUGUUCCAAAUGUUGAUAACACAAGAACCUCUUUCUUGCUCGAGACUAUUGCCAAACAACGCAAGGCCGUACUGCUCAUUGGUGAACAAGGGACAGCAAAGACUGUGAUGAUAAAAAGCUACACAAAAAAAUAUGAUCCUGAAACAGACCUGUCCAAGUCCCUGAACUUUUCAUCUGCCACAGAACCCAUCAUGUUUCAGCGAACAGUGGAGAGCUACAUUGAGAAAAGGAUUGGCAGCACCUAUGGACCCCCAGGGGGACGCAGGAUGACAGUCUUCAUUGAUGAUAUCAACAUGCCCAUUGUCAAUGAAUGGGGAGAUCAGAUCACAAAUGAGAUAGUACGCCAGAUGAUGGAAAUGAAUGGCAUGUACAACCUAGACAAACCAGGAGACUUCACCACUAUUGUGGACGUACAAGUUCUGGCUGCCAUGAUUCAUCCUGGUGGUGGCAGAAACGACAUCCCACAAAGAUUGAAAAGACAGUUUACAGUCUUCAACUGUACUCUGCCGUCCAACACCUCCAUUGAUAAGAUCUUUGGUGUCAUUGGCUGUGGAUAUUUCCAUGCAUGCAGGAAUUUCAAGCUUGAGAUUUCAGACAUGGUGAAGUGUCUUGUGUCUGCUGGAAGGAUUCUAUGGCAGUGGACAAAGGCAAAAAUGCUUCCUACACCAGCCAAGUUUCACUACAUCUUCAAUUUGAGGGACUUGUCCAGGAUCUGGCAAGGAAUGUUAAACAUUAAGGCCGAAGAAUGUAAAGAUAUCCCCACUCUCUUGGCUCUUUUCAAGAGUGAAUGUAUGCGGGUGAUUGCUGACAGGUUUAUUUGCUCUGAGGACCGAGAGUGGUUUGACAAGGCUGUGUCUCGUGUGAUUCACGAGUAUGUUGACCCCAGCCUUGUUGCAGAACUUCAUCCUGAGCCCUACUUUGUGGACUUCCUGCGAGAUGCUCCCGAGCCCACGGGAGAAGAAGAUGAAAAUGCCUGUUUUGAUGCCCCCAAAAUCUAUGAACUGGUGCCAAAUUUUGAGUUCUUAUCAGAAAAGCUGAUGAUGUAUCAGACCCAACACAAUGAGAUCGUAAGAGGCUCCAGCCUGGAUCUCGUAUUCUUCACGGAUGCCAUGACUCAUCUUGUCAAGAUCUCCCGAAUCAUUCGAACUGACAAUGGUAAUGCCCUACUUGUUGGAGUGGGAGGAUCAGGGAAACAGAGCCUGACUCGCCUGGCCUCAUACAUAGCUGGAUACAGCAUCUUCCAGAUCACAUUGACAAGAACAUACAACUUAAGUAAUUUCAUGGAUGACCUGAAAGUGUUAUAUAAAACAGCUGGGGUUCAGGGCAAAGGUAUCACCUUCAUCUUUACGGACAACGAAGUAAAAGAUGAAGCCUUUCUCGAGUACCUCAACAAUGUUCUUUCUUCUGGAGAGGUCUCAAACCUUUUUGCUAAAGAUGAGAUUCAAGAGAUAACCCAGAACCUGCUCUCUGUAAUGAAAAAGGAGUUUCCUCGUGUACCACCAACCUUUGACAAUCUUUAUGACUACUUCAUAGCCCGGUCCAGAAAGAAUCUGCAUGUAGUUCUUUGCUUUUCACCGGUGGGACAGAAGUUUGGCUCCAGAUCCCUGAAGUUUCCAGGGUUAAUUUCUGGCUGCACCAUGGACUGGUUCACCCCUUGGCCCAAUGAUGCUUUGGUGGCUGUAUCUAACUGUUUCUUGUCAGACUUUCCAAUAGUUUGCUCUGCUGAUGUCAAGGCUUCUGUGGUGACCACCAUGGGUACAUAUCAUGAAAAAGUAUCCAUUGCCUGUGACAGCUACUUUGAAAGGUUUCGAAGAAGAACUCAUGUCACCCCUAAAUCCUACCUCUCUUUUGUGAAUGGUUACAAAACACUAUACACCGAAAAGUACAACCAUAUCAACACACUAGCAGAGCGCAUGAAUGUUGGGUUGAACAAACUGGUGGAGGCAAGUAAGUCUGUGGCUCAACUAUCCAAAGUUCUUGAGGUCAAGGAAAAAGAGCUGGCUAUAGCAUCUGUCAAAGCUGACAAGGUGGUGGCAGAGGUGACAGUCAGUGCUGAAGCUGCUACCAUUAUAAAGAAUGAGGUUCAGGUUGUGAAGGAUAGAGCCCAGAAAAUUGUGGAUGGAAUUGAGAAAGAGAAAGCUUUUGCAAUGGAAAAACUGGAGGCUGCCAAGCCAGCUUUAGAAGAGGCUAAAGCUGCACUAAAUACCAUCAAGCCUGCUGACAUUGCCACUGUGAGGAAAUUAGCUAAGCCUCCACAUCUGAUCAUGAGAAUUAUGGAUGCCUGCUUGCUGUUAUUCCAAAGGAAGUUGGACACUGUCUCUAUUGAUCCAGAACGACAUUGUCUUAAGCCAUCAUGGUCAGAAGCACUGAAGCUCAUUAGUGCUACUGGUUUUUUGACAAACCUCCAGCAGUUCCAAAAGGACAAAAUUAAUGAGGAAACCGUAGAACUGCUGGAGCCAUACUUUGACAUGGUAGAUUACACAAUGGAAAAUGCCAAGAAAGUGUGUGGUAAUGUUGCUGGUUUGCUAGGAUGGACCAAGGCUAUGUCCACGUUCUUUGGCAUCAACAAAGAAGUGCUCCCACUCAAGGCUAACCUGGCCAUUCAGGCAAACCGGCUAAGAGUGGCCAAUAAUGAGCUAGCCGGGGCUGAGGCUCAGCUGGCUGAGAAGCAAGCAGAGUUUGACAAAGUCAAGGCCAAAUGCGAUGCUGCUAUGAAAGAGAAACAAGACUUGUUGGAUGACGCUAAAAUGUGUAGGAAUAAAAUGCAAGCUGCAUCUGCACUUAUUGACGGACUUAGUGGAGAGAAAAUUCGCUGGAUAGAGCAAAGCAAAGAAUUUAAAUCACAGAUUAACAGACUUGUUGGGGACGUGCUGCAGCUCACUGGCUUCUUGUCUUACUGUGGGCCCUUCAACCAGAGUUUCCGUAAAAUGUUGUUGAAGGACAUCUGGGAGAAAGAGCUCAGAAAACAUAAAAUCCCUUUCACAGAAAACCUCAACCUAAUUACUGCCCUUGUGGACCCUCCCACUAUAAGCGAGUGGAACCUUCAAGGACUCCCAGGAGAUGACUUGUCUGUGCAAAAUGGCAUCAUUGUCACAAAAGCAACAAGAUAUCCCCUCCUCAUCGAUCCCCAGACUCAGGGAAAGGCUUGGAUUAAGCAAAAAGAGAAGUCUAAUGCACUCCAAGUGACAUCACUCAACCACAAGUUCUUUAGAUCUCAUUUGGAAGACUGCCUUUCUUUGGGAUGCCCACUGCUUAUUGAAAAUGUAUGUGAGGAGCUAGAUCCUGCCCUUGACAAUGUCCUUGAGAAAAACUUUAUUAAAUCUGGAACCAGUUUUAAGGUUAAAGUGGGAGACAAAGAGGUAAAUGUGAUGGAUGGCUUCCAGCUCUAUAUCACCACUAAACUGCCAAAUCCAGCAUACACUCCAGAAGUCAGUGCCAAGACUUCCAUAAUUGAUUUCACUGUAAACAUGAAGGGCCUGGAGAACCAGCUACUUGGGCGUGUCAUCCUCCGAGAGAAAAAUGAGCUAGAGGCAGAAAGACUGAAGCUAAUUGAGGAUGUAACUGCCAAUAAGAGAAAGAUGCAGGAGUUGGAAGACAACUUGCUGUACAAACUCAGCAGCACAAAAGGUUCCUUGGUUGAUGAUGACUCUAUGAUCGCCAUUCUGAGUACAACUAAGCAAACUGCUGCUGAAGUUAGUGCAAAGCUCACUGUUGCAGCAGACGCAGAGUUGAAGAUCAAUGUAGCUCAAGCUGAAUAUCGUCCUGUUGCCUCACGAGGCAGCACUCUUUACUUCCUCAUCACAGAGAUGAGCAUGGUUAAUGUCAUGUACCAGACUUCCCUUGGUCAGUUCCUCAAAGUCUUUGACCUGUCACUAGAAAGGGCUGAGAAAUCUCCUAAAACUCAGAAGCGAAUUGCCAACAUCAUUGAAUGCCUGUCUUAUGAGGUGUUUAGGUACACAGUGAGAGGCCUAUAUGAAAACCACAAGUUCAUCUUCACUCUCUUGAUGGCUCUUAAGAUUGACUUACAGAAUAACAAAAUAGAGCAUGACAAAUUUCAGAUACUUAUCAAAGGUGGUGCAGCUCUUGACCUGAAGACCUGCCCCACAAAGCCAUUCAGUUGGAUCCUGGAUAUGAUAUGGCUAAAUGUAGUGGAACUCAGCAAGUUACCACAGUUCACUAAUAUCAUAACCCAGGUAUCUCAAAAUGGAAAACUGUGGAAAGCCUGGCUCAAUCUUGAUGCCCCAGAAGAAGGUGUCAUCCCUGAUGGAUACAACUCCCUUGAUGUCUUCCUUAAACUUUUGCUAAUAAGGUCUUGGUGCCCAGACCGUACCUUGUCACAGGCAAGGAUGUAUGUUGGAGAAUCCUUGGGCAUGAGGUUUGCUGAGCCGAUCAUCUUGAACCUUCAAAGCACAUGGGAGGAGAGUGACCCUCGCACCCCACUAAUUUGCUUCCUUUCUAUGGGCUCAGAUCCUACUGAACAAAUUGAAGCACUUUCUAAGAAACUUGAACUUGAAUGUAGAGCGAUAUCCAUGGGGCAAGGGCAGGAGGUGCAUGCAAGGAAGCUUAUUCAGACAUCAAUGACGCAUGGAGGCUGGGUCCUUCUGCAAAAUUGUCACCUGGGCUUGGAGUUUAUGGAUGAGUUGCUAGACACUAUCGUAACUGCAGAGACCAUGCAUGAUGCUUUCAGGGUGUGGAUCACCACAGAACCACACGAUAAAUUCUCCAUCACACUUCUACAGUCCUCCAUCAAGUUUACCAACGAUCCACCCCAGGGAGUGCGUGCCGGCUUGAAACGAACAUUUGCUGGAAUUUCACAGAGCCAGUUGGAAGUCAGCAACCUGCCCAUGUGGAAGCCCCUGCUGUACAGUGUGGCCUUUCUCCACACUGCUGUGCAGGAACGACGCAAAUUUGGACCAUUGGGUUGGAACAUACCAUAUGAGUUCAACUCUGCUGAUUUCACUGCAAGCGUUGAAUUCGUUGAGAGACACUUGGAUGAUUGCGGCCCCAGAAAGGAUGUGUCCUGGGUAACUGUGCGAUACAUGCUAGCUGAGGUGCAGUAUGGAGGAAGGGUUACAGAUGACUUUGACAAACGGCUGCUCAAGUGUUUCUCUCGUGUGUGGUUCAGUAAAAAGAUGUUCGACCCCUCAUUCUGCUUCUACACGGGCUACAAAAUUCCAGUGUGCAAGACAAUAGAGGAGUACAUGGAAUGUAUUCAGAGCUUACCCACUAUGGAUUCCCCCCAGGCGCUGGGGUUGCAUCCUAAUGCUGAUAUCACGUAUCAGACGAACACAUCUGCUGAAGUUCUCGACACAAUCACAAAUAUCCAGCCCAAGGAAAGCGCAGGGGGAUCAGGAGUGACUCGGGAGUCUAUUGUUCAGAACAUGGCGCAGGACAUGUUGGGGAAAUUGCCCCCUAAUUAUGUGCCACAUGAGGUCAAAGCCAGGCUGCUGAAGAUGGGAGCUCUGAACCCAAUGAACAUAUUCCUACGUCAGGAGGUGGAUCGAAUGCAAAGGAUCAUAAGUGUGGUGCGCACUAGUCUGACUGACCUAAAUUUGGCCAUUGAUGGUACUAUCAUAAUGAGUGAGAACCUCCGUGAUGCCUUGGACAAUAUCUUUGAUGCACGUGUGCCAAACCUGUGGAAGAAGAUCUCCUGGGAGUCAUCCACACUGGGCUUUUGGUUCACAGAGCUUCUGGAGAGAAACAAGCAGUUCCGCAGUUGGGUGUUUGAAGGAAGACCCAAAACCUUUUGGAUGACAGGCUUCUUCAACCCCCAGGGGUUCCUAACAGCUAUGAGACAAGAAGUAACAAGAGCAAACAAAGGCUGGGCUCUGGACACCGUUACUCUGACCAACAAAGUACUGAAGCAGGCACAGGAGGAGAUCACAGCCUCACCUACAGAGGGAGUUUAUGUCCAUGGUCUGUACCUUGAUGGCGCCGGCUGGGACAGGAAGAACUCUCAUCUCAUUGAGUCCCCACCCAAAGUGCUGUUCACACCCUUGCCUGUAAUCCAUAUGUUUGCGGUGAACUCCACUGCCCCCAUGGAUCCUAAGCUCUAUGUCUGCCCAGUCUAUAGAAAACCAAGACGCACAGACCUAAAUUAUGUCACAGCAGUGGGGUUGUCAACCAUUCAGUCACCAGAUCACUGGAUCUUGCGUGGGGUUGCCCUGCUCUGCGACAUUAAAUAAAAGAUAGCUGCUUGUCUUUAUUGUUAUGUCAUAUUAUUUAAGGGCAAAUAAAUGUAUUUUUAAUGUCAAA